AUGCAUUCGGCCAGAGGCUCGCCUCCAGGCAGCGACGAUGACCGCGAGAACUGGAAUAGUACGGAUCCUUCUGCGCAUCUUGUGCAUUUCAAGGCCUCUCCACGGAAGAAUACCACCAAACGCUUGGAUUUACGCGCAGCUAGCACCGACACAGAAGAUGGCUUCGUUUCAGGUCUUUUGACCCCUCCGUCAAGCCAACUUCUGGAAGCCACGAGGACAUUGAUUAGUCCUCCCCCAGAGGAAGUUCUCCGGGUUGCGAAUAUUAGAGCUGGAUCUCAAAAUUCGCACUAUCGGGAAUUUACACCUUCACUUCUCGCAUCUAAUCGACCCGAUACGACACAGAUGCCAAAGCGCAAGCGAUCGGGAGUUUUGAUGUCUACUAUCAACUCGAGUGAACCUUUAACCGAACAUGACACCGACAUCCCCAACCUACAAGGAAAUCCUACUCAUUCAACGAUAAUAGCAAGUGGGAAUGUCUAUACACCAAAUCCCAAGCCCCGCAAACAGUCGAAGCAUCAUCUCCGUAACGCCUCAAUCCAAUCUGUUGACUCGAUAAUGCAUUCACCUACCGCCAUCUCUUUCCCUGCAUCUCUACAUGAAAGCCCUUCAAAGGUUUCUAUGAAAUCUGCUUUCCGACGUGCAUCUAAGAGCCCCUCGAAACAUGUGCUCAUACAGUCGCCUCAUUUGACCAACCCCCAAGCAGAUUACAUCCCCCCAGUACCUUCUCCGACUCGCAAGCACAUCUCAUUCCGAAAUAGGUCCUCGACACCGAUAAUUCCGUACGAGCCUCCUACAGAGAGGUUCACACCACCGCGUGAGAUCACACUGUCACCGGUGGGAUAUCACACGCCAAAGAUGCCAAAGUCAAGCAGGCGUAAGUCCACAAGGCCAAAGUCAGAACCCCCUGAACUUGAUCUAGAUAGACCAGUUCCACCGCCGUCUCCCACAGACGAUCCUUUACUGCUCUCUGGCCCCACGCGCGGACCCCACAAGCCUGUACGCUCACGCUUUACGCCAUCCAUCGCAUCUUCCUCUUACGACUCUCAAGAUGAGGACGAUGAGCAGCCAUCUUUUUCCGCCAGGCUGUCUUUAACAGAACGUGAUGAUUUCAGUACCGAUGACACCGACAUGCAACUUCCCAUAUUUGAUGACUUGCCUGCAGUUCCUCCUUCGGAUGGUGGAUGGAGUGAGUCAGAUGAAGAGGAAGAUGGGUUUGACCAGUCUGGGGAGUAUACUGGGAAAUUCAGAAUGGUGAAGAUACCGACGAAAGAGGACCCACCUACGAGCGGCACACGAGACAGAAUGGAUUCAUGGGGGAGACCACUCAGCCCAUUCCCAUACAGCCAACAUUUGGACAGCUCACUGCCUCUAGCGGACAGUGAAGAUGACGAGAUCGAUGCUUUUGCACCACUAUCUAGUCCGACUAUGUUCAAGAACCGAGUAGCAGAUGAAACUGUUCAAGGGACUCAUAUAAGUGAAGACGAAAUCAUGGGUGGCAGUAGCCCUGAAUAUGGGCAGGAGACCUCCCUUCCCAACGAAGAGUCGCAUAGUCCUGUGGCAGAUAUCGACGCAUAUGAUCCCUCGCCGCCUCGUCAUACUUUGUCACCUUGCCUGUCGGACAUCAUUGGAACCAUGGAUACCACUCAAGUCCUUGACACUGAAGAACCUGAACUAGGUCCUGACGUUAGUGUGGACUCCACAGAGGCAACUGAAACGCCUGAAGAAUCCCUGGAUUCUAUAGAUGCGCCCGCUGAAUCGACAGAUGUUCCACGUGCCGAUUUGUCAGAAGAUGAGGAGGAAGCAGAAGAAGAGUUGAUAGACCGUCAAUUGUCCCUCGAGCCCGCGGUAGAACUUCAUGCUCGAGAAACACUUGUAACACCCCGGCGUAUCUCUGAGCAAAGCCCACAGAAUAAGGACGAGUUGGCUGCAUUGGCUGGUAAUAGUGCUGAGGACGAUGCUUCCUCUGACGGAGAGGACAAUUCAGUAGAUGGCGAUGUGGUCAGGAUCACCAGCGCUGAUCCACGAGCAGCUGCCCGGGCUGCUGCAAUUUUGAAAUUACACGACUAUGACUGCCUUUCAGAAGACUCGUUUCAGCACAAGCGGCUCGCGCGUUCAUCACUUUCCUCGAUAUCUCGGAAGACGAGACGGAAGACUCUUUUUGAUGCUGGCAUCACAAAAUCCAGUGAUUCUCCAUCCACUCGCCUCCGGCGCAGAACCUUUGGCGGCGUCGUCGGUGACAAAGUAUUCAUACCAGGCAGUCCUAUAACCACGUUGCCGGCAUUAUUGCAGGAAGCUGAAGGCACUAUACAUCAAUUUACUCCAAACAAGCCCGCGCAAACUGAAUCAUAUAAGGCGCCAAUCUCCUCUAUUAAUGCUGCAUUAAACGAGGUUUCAGAGUCUAUUGACCCUUCAAAUCGGAAAUGGACUAAAGAAGAUUGGAAAUACUUAGAUGCUUGCUUCACAGAAGAGCGCCUUUCAGUCGGUGCUCAACUGGGACAAGAUGAAGGAUCACUCUCUGGCGUAGAUGAAGUCGUUGUUGAAGACGUCGUCGACAGGUUCGUCUUGCUGAAGGGUGGUAUCGAUAUAGUAGACAAUUUCGGACCUCUUUGGACUCGUGAUAACCUUCUAAGAAGAGUCAAGGCCUUGCAACGUAAACAGCGAUCCGGUAACGUUGCUCCACCGACACCUGACUAUAGGCGAUCAUCUUCCUCAAGAGAGAUAUCAGAAGUACCUGAUUUUACGCCACUCAGCCGCCGUAUCACGUCCAAGCCCAAGCUACCUCCACCUCUUUCUGCCAAUCCCUUUGAUUCCAUUACACUUACUGGUUUAAAGCCUGCUAAGCCAAUUGUUGCACCUCAGUACAGCUAUCUCCUAGAUCAAGCCAAGGCGAUUGAGGGAGGAGUGGUUGACGAGCAAGUUGUUCCCGCGAAGAGGGUCACUGAACCCCGAGAACAGCCACGAGCUGAGGCUGCAUCUUCAAAAGUUCCUCGUUUGAAGCAGCCUGCACCGAGCGUUGGAAAACGCAUGAAGGGCUUCCUAUUCUCUUACCUGCCCACACUUUCCAAGGAUUCGUCGGCGAAGUUACCAAAAGACACAUCGUCAGCUCGUCCUGGACUCCCUCUCCCUCCUCCAGAACUUUUUGAAAAGCCACGAAAGCCCAUCUCCACCCCCGCACGUCCCCCUAUCAACCGGCCCAAACAUCCGAAGGAGCUGGUCCAACUACAGCAUCCGCCAUCUAUUCAAAAAUCAUCUAUACCUCGUGUUGCUGAGCCACGACGCAUGGUUCAACUUCAUCCACUACCAUCCAAUCCCUCCGACCAGUCUACGUCCAGACCGCGACCCCGCACAAGUAGUGGUGCAAGUGUAAAGGAUCUCGUUAAAUGCUUCGAAGACUUCGAUGAUAAGCGUUCUCACGGCACUAUUGGCAAGAGAAAUGGGGCAGCAAAAUCAAGGCCCACUUGGAAACCUUGA